AACUGAAGUUAAGCCGGUGUCUCAUUGAAGGCGUUGCGCGUUCAUGCGAGUCUGGCUGUAAGACAAGAUGGGCUCUGUUUUUCGUCUUGCAGUAAGUUUAGGAAGAAAUUUGGUCUUGUCAAAUUCGAGGAGAGACAUAUCUCUGUCUAGUGUGUCACGUAUAAAAGAAAUACAUGUAGAAAAAGAAGAUAACACAACGAUCAUAGAAGCCGUUGUUAAACCACAACCUAAGGAGCAUUUGCUAGUGAAGACUGACAAAAAGUCAUGUAUAUUGUGUGCACUGGAUCUCGACGUGAAACAUACGGAUGUCCUCAUUCUCAGUCAAUUUCUCACAUCAAGGGGCUGCAUGCUACCGAAACGAAUAACGGGGCUAUGUUCUGUACAACAAAAAAGAGUUACAACGUUGGUUGCAAUGGCUCAGAAAGCUGGUUUGAUGCCAAAUAUUGCACCGAAGUCUAGUAAGAAGGAUCCAACAACAAGAUACAAGUGGAAGAAAUAUAAUACUUACUAUGAUGAAACAACUAUUAGGGCGCGAUAUUAUUAACUAAUGUUAUUAAUAAAUGACUUGUGAAACUCUU